ACGUGCCGCGACAGGCCCCUUGAAGUCUGGAGCGCAACUCCCGUACAUCACGAUGCAUUGCGCACAGUCGCACACCACCCCAAGAAUGCGGAGGGAGGAACAGCCCUGGCCAGGGAUGCCAGAUGAUUUCAACCCGGUGGAUCGCAAGUCGUGGGCGGUGUCACUGAUUCAGGUACCGCUCGAUUGAUGCUAAUCAAUACUUCGGAACAACUGCUCGGCGGCCCGGAGAAAUCCCGUCUUCUGGCACCAUCACCGUCGCCAUAUCUAGUCUCCGUCGUGCCCGCAUUCCUCCUCUACCAUCAUUGAGUUUCCACCCUUGAACUCUCGACACGAGUUGGUAGAGGCUCGGGUGCAGCCCGCUAUCGCAGGAUAUGAACAAUGCGUUCGGCGUAGCAUGGCGCGUUCCAUGCCCGGGGCUUUGUCCCUCCAACUUGCUCCCGUCGAAACCCACGUCGCUCCGUUUACUCAGCUGCGUCUCUUCCUCUACACGAGCAUCGGUUAAUGUACCCAGGCGCCCCUUCAGCUUUUCGAGCCCGUUGCCAUUUUUGCACCGUCCCCCUUCGCCUCGCGGAUCGAUUCAAUCGCCAUUCUCGCUCUCCCUCGCUCGCUCGUUCGCAAACUCCGGCUCUCUCCGUGCUCAGUCGGCCCCGCCGCGGGAAGAUGGUAUCAAGCCCCGUGCUGAGCCAUUUUCGCAGGCUGAGAUCAAUGCGAUCUUUGGUCCCGGCGCAAGGGUGUCCCUCCACAUGGGAAAUCGUGUGCUUGCUGUACUGCACGGCAGACGUCUCAAUGGCACUCCAGAGCUAGAUCUUCCUAAGGAUAUCACAUCGGCCGUCCGCGGACCCAAUCGCGACAAAGCCUUGGAGUGGCUUCGCGAACACUAUCCACUCGAUGAGGAUGCAGCUAUACUUUCCCGAUUUGAAAGAGAGGCGCGUGAGGAGGAAGAAAAACUCAUUCGACGCGCUGAGAGCUUAGGUCUCUACAAGCCUCAGAGUGGCUCCUUUGGGGCAGAACUGGGAGACUCCAAUGACCCAUCCGGCCGAAGUAUCUUACAAGAGACCAGACAGCGGAACGAGGCGAGGAUUUUGGCAGAGGAAGAAGAGCGACGUCAAAAAUGGCUCGAGGGCGAGGAACAGGAACGUGAGAAGAUGCAGCAAAUGGUCAAACGCAACACGGAUCUUCAACUAUACGAAGACUCAACGGCCUUGGAAGCCCGCCCGCGUGCAGAUCCAUCUCAGCGUCCUCUCCUCGCAUGGAUACAGAAGCAUCACCUCCGAGCAACAGACUGGGAUAUGGAUAUCUCCCAUGUCACCACCGUAAGUCGCUAAUCUGUGGCCUCACGUCGAUAUUCACGAAUACUAACCUCUUUUCCUAUCGUGUAUAGAGCAGUCGGUUGCUUCCGGCUCU